ACUAAUGUCAAAGGCCGUCGCAUCCGCCAUCGGCUGGCCAUGGCGGAGCACGUUUCAUCACCACACCCAAGCGUGCUCGCUCCGUCUUGUCGCAUCUCUAUCGAUGGAGACGACGAUUAUGCACAUGCAUCUGGAGAAAAUGUCACCUGCUUUGGCCGCUCCCUGGUGCACGUUGCAAGUCUUUCCGUGGCGAAGAAGCAGGCAGCGUCAUUCUUACCCUCACCAAAGAUGGCUCUGCGGUCGCCGACACAAUCUCCUGACACAACUUACCACAGCCCCUGAUAAUCUCUUCCUUAAGGAACAUUGUGAAAGACCUGCUGACCCGAUGUCACACAACCACGGCCCUCUCCCCCCUGGCUCCCACUCCCAAGGAAACAGUGCAUUGUCUCAUCAUUUUGUAUCUUUAAAAUCUCUUCUUUUUUCUAAACACGUAACCUUAAAGUUAAUAAUGAUGCCGGCUCUAGUCAUUCGUGUUACAAGUUCAUUGUAUCCAUGGUAACAGUACUGUACUUUUUCUAGUAUUCUGAACGAGGAAAAAUCACAUAUAAACACCUUAUUCAUAAAUUUCCAUUAAAUUCAAUUUGUAGUUUAUUUCUAUGAUAUGAGGACAUUAACGUUUGCAUAGUAAUUAUGGUUUAUCUUGCUUCCUUUGGCUGUCAAUUAGUUGUGUUCAUUGUGUUGGACAUUGUUGCAGACCCAGAUCAUCAUCGUUGUUCAUCCACCGAUAUCACCUCCUGACACAGACUCCUGACACAGCCUCUUGACGCAUCCUCCAGACACAUCCUUCUGACACAACCUUCUGACACAGCCUCCUCGCAGCCCAUUGAUAUUCACCUCUAGAUGGAAGAUUGUUUAAGUUGCUGUGCUCACGCAUUGGUACACCAACCCAUUUACACUACAGUGUACAAGUGUUGUCCCGGGUGGAGGGACGAUGGAGAUGAAAACUGCAAUAUCGCAAUCUGCUACCCUGGGUGCAGUAAUGGAGGUACAUGCACGUCCCCAGGAAGGUGCAGCUGCAGGAGCGGAUAUACUGGAGCGACAUGCACUGGACUCGACUGUAAUAAUGAGCGACCAUGCUAUCCAGGAGAAUGCCAAGGAAAUGGUGCUGCGGUUGUCUGCAACUGUAUGGAUGACUUCGAUGGAACGUUUUGCAUACGUCUAAAGGAGACCCAGGUACCUGAGGUCACACAGAUACGGGCACAGUUUUCAUACAUGGAAGAUGACGGUCAGAUGAGCAAGGACAUCUAUAGCCUCAUAGCAGAUGGCACGGAGGAGAAGGAAAAGGUCAUCGUAUGGACAAAUCGCCAACAACUGAACAAGCUGAACGUGACGGCCAGUGCUAUGUUUAAAGGCAGAGAUCUGCCAUAUCCCCCUGCUUAUAUCCCCGAAGCUAAGACUGGAAUUGCGAGAGCAUUUUUCAAAUUGAGUGGCCCUGAUAUAUCCUCACAAGACAAGGAACACCAGUGUGAUGAUACGGUUGGCUCCGAAAACCCCAAGGAAACUGUCACCUGUACCUUUACUACAAAUUACACUAAUCCUUUGACAGAUGGUGACAAGUUGACCUUGACCUUCCGAGUUUCAAGUGGUGGCUUCCGGAAGCUAGUCGGAACAGGUACUACAGCCACACAACACUAUACCGGAGAGGAUGCUGUCAGCACUGUAGCCUUCCACGUUGACACGGGUGAACCGGUGUACAACAGCCCCAGUGAUGCUUUUCAGAUUCACCCAGAAUUCACAAAUAUGCCAGUCACCAUGAAGUGGGAAGGGUGGACCGAUGCUAAAUCUGGAAUGGACAAAUACACAUGGGAAGCCUUCAAACUUGAACCCACUGGGAACGGAAGCUUGACGGAAGUAGACAAACUGAGACCUGUUGUUCACAGACAAGUUGACCACACCGAUCCCAUCUCCAACCCUCUUCCCUAUGCCCCCACAAGACCAGGGAUGUACUCCUUCGUCCUUGAAGCCGUGGACAAGGCCAAUAACUCUGUAUACAUGAGAAGGUUUGCACUGUACGACAAAGAGUCAGAAGUGACCACUGAUCCAAACCAUGCCCUGUUCAUAUCAUCUGCCGUACAAGACCAGGGCUUCCAGUGGAUGACCGAUGCCUCCAAGCCACUAGUGAUCAACUGGCAAAACCAUUUUCUCAAUUAUGUCCAUGAAAGUGGUAAAUUCCUCAACAACAUCCUCCCCUUCAAGGUAAAGGUUGUAGAAAAUCCACCAAUCUACAAGGAAGUGACGUAUGAAAAUGAUGAUCAUUAUGGCAGAAGAACCAUAGCAGCUAUCCCCAAUGUACGUGGCAUUGUGAGGUUUGAGUGGACACAUGCUGUUAAUAAGACAGGGGGUAGCACACAAGCCACACCUCCCAACUGGGAUGAGAUCCCUGGUCUGAACACUACAAUGCAAAAAGAACUUGACAACGUUACCAGCGGGAGCACCGUUACUGUGUGGAUAAGGGCCAGGGACGUUGUCGACAACAAGAAAGUGGACUUCACAAGAGUAACCUAUGACUUGACUGAACCACAGUUCAGCAAAAUGACAUUCCAUCAAAACGAACUAUCAACCAUCCCUUUCAGCUCAGGGUUAGAGGUGACAAUGAAAGACCAGGAGAGCGGGAUUGAUCACCUUGCAGUCAAAGUCACAGAGAUUGGUGACGGCCAUUUAAUGACCCACAAGAACUUGACGAUUGCUUCUAUUCUGCCGCACAAAUGCACGGACAGAGUACAUGACUGCUACUGCCCUAACGCCCUGAACGUGUGUUACAAACGAGUGUACAAACUGUUCAUCAGCAACUGCUGGCUGAUGGUGGCCAAGGACGCCCUCGAGACUGCCCAUGUUCAGAUGGAGGUGGGCGUGGUCAACAGGGCGGGGUUGACGACACGCAGGGUGCACCCGAUAAGGAAUCUCAUGCAGCUCAACGGAACAGAAGCAUUCUUCGGCCUUGAGAAUGUGAAAACAGAGAGGGUGAGGGACACAACGGUGCGUGUUACCUGGGACCACGCCCCAAGCUGUUACGAGAGGACCGCCAUCUUGGUCAGCUACGAGUGGGACUCGGGAGCGUCUGAUCCUGUGCAGGUCUUCAAAGACGCUAAAUCUUACGACAUCGUAGGCCUUGAGCCCGGCACCAAAUACAGAGUCUCUGUAACAGCAGAGUAUGGAGACAUUAAGAGUGUACCAAAAUCAUCAUAUUUCACCACAUCGGAUCUGUCAGGCAUUGGUGCAGGCGCUGUAGCAGGAAUUGUUAUAGCGCUUCUCCUCAUACUUGUUGCGCUGGGAGCUGUGUUCCUGCUGUGGAGGACCGGCAGGCUGGCGGUGCUCAUCAAGCAACGUGAGAACAGACAAAGUCGACGUGAAGGAAACGUGACUGGGAGGAUCACCAACAAUCUUGGAACUUCAAAAAAUAGAGGAGGAGUUUUGUCCUAUCAGAACAAUGCAUACGACGACGAAGACAUCUACCUCUACGGCGGCAUGACGUUCGCCACGGCUCAGACAUGGCACAUAUCCAUGGAAGACCUAACCUUAAAGGACAAGCUUCACACUGGAAGAUUUGCACAAAUGUAUAAAGCUUCUCACAAAUCCGGAAAAACAGCGAGCGAAGUGGCAGCAAAGGUUAUCAGAGAUACACCAGAUGAAGAAAACAAGUUGUUGAUGAUGGCCAAGAUCAACUUUGCUGCAACACAGGUCGGAGAACAUCGCAACGUGCUGAGAUUUCUUGGCGCUGUUGUCAACAACGAUGCACUCGGCCCAAUGAUGGUCUUAGAGUACUGUGAAAAUGGUCAGCUGGACACGUGGCUCAAGGACAAUCGGGACAAAGUGGACAUGGACGUUCUGGAGAGGAUUCAGAUGUUUGUCUUGGGUGUUGCCAGAGGAAUGGAAUUUCUGGCCAAUAAAGAGAUUGUUCACCGAAAACUGGCUGCUCGGAACUGCCUGGUAACAUUUUUAUACGAGGUGAAGAUCAGUGGAUUUGGGCCGAGCUGCAUGGACGACACCAACGACGAUGACAACACCAACAAUGCAAAAGCGGAUCGAAUCCCUGUGAAGUGGACGGCUCCAGAGUGUCUUCAGUCUCUGAAGGAAGCCAACGAGAAGAGUGACAUCUGGUCCUUUGGCAUCACUAUGUGGGAGAUACUUAGCAUGGGUCAGACGCCAUAUCCUGACAUUCGAAGCAGAGAUCUACCUGCCAAAAUCAGGAACGGUUACAGACUCCCCAGACCUGAGUAUGCUGAAGACAUCCACUACAACAUGAUGGGCAGUUGUUGGGAGAAGAAUCCUCAAUCAAGACCUACCUUUGUAAAAAUUGUGCAGAAACUGGAGGUGUCCUUCGGCUUAAGACCUACCUCUGAAGCUGUGUAUUAUUACUGCAAAUAGCUGUCAAGUCACCAAGUUUAGAACGUGAUAGAAGUGUCUGUGUUUCAAGUACAUAAUAAGAAAUGAUCAGCACAUAAUGUAUAGUAUCAGUCAGUCAGAGAACGUGAUUUCAACGAUGAGUUGUUGUUUUCAUAGAGCUUUUAUAACCUAAAGUAUUUAAAAAAUGUCCAUAGUUUUGACUUUGUGUAUGUUAAAACAU